AUGCUGGAAGCAGCGUGUGGUAAGCCCCACUUUGCAAGGACCAGAGCUGUCCUUGAGCAACUGGUGUUGGUGGAUGUAUGGCGCUGUCUCGCGACUGGGCAACAGCCACAGCUCAUUGCGGAGCCUUUCCAACCAUGGUGGUAUGAUCAUGCAACAGGCCAAGGCGAGAGAUCAUCCGAGGACUUUCGAAACAAAUGCGGGAUGGACGCGGGAGUUCUAGAGCUGGCAAACCGAGUCAACAUACUGGUCUACGAGGAAAACGUGUUGCAAUCAAUAUCUGAUCCAACCUAUAUCGGCCAGAAUACAACAAAAGCCAAUGAUUUGCUUCUGGAGCUGGACAUAUGGGUAGCAGGGGAGGAGAUGGAUGGCCAAACGCCACUGAAAAUCAUUCUGGGUAAUCAGAUCAUGAUUUAUACUCUGAGAGUUGUACUCUUGGUCGAUCUUUUACAUCACGCUCACUCUCACGAGACAGUCCAGACCGCGGCGUGCAAAGGGUUGCGACUCCUGGAGCAGUCCAGGUCGAUUACGACAAUCAAUAUGUUGAUUGCUACCAUCAUCCUAGGAUCAAUGAUGCUGGAAGAGACUGGACGCCAGCGGGCACGAAGUGUCAUCACCUCCAUGAGAUCCCACGAGAGCUUUUCAUACGAUGUGGAAGAAGCAUUUGGGAUGUUGAACAGGUUGUACGCACUCCGAGACGAAGGGCAUUACGAUCCAUCUUGGAGAAGUGUAGUCGGGGAGCUGCUACUGCUAUAG